UUGCGACAAAAACCUCUGCCACCAUCGAUUGACGGACGACAUGUACCGCUGUGUCCGGCGAGUGACAAGGCGUUGAUCGAUGAGAGGAGAGGACAUGCGUUCAUUUCGAAUUCGAUUAGGAGUUCGAGGUAUACGAUCUAUGACUUUGUGCCGAAACAGCUGUUUUUUCAGGUUACGAGGUUGAGUAACUUUUAUUUCUUGUGUAUUGGCGUACCACAAACGAUACCGGCAAUUUGGCUGUCACAGGGACUCUCCACCACCGGAAACUACACGACGAUUCUACCCUUGGCCUUCUUCAUCAUUUUGACGGUGAUCAAAGAGGGAUAUGAUGACUUUUGCCGGCACCGGAUGGAUGUGGUGGAGAACAAUACCUUGGCUACAGUGCUUCGCGCAAAGAACAGUGCUGGAUUCAUCCUGACAAGAGAUGGAAUUCUGCAGAGAUUGAGGAGUGCCAUACCCAGAAGGUCCCUGCCGUGGCAAUCCAAAAGCAAGGAACACGAAAAGGUCGAAGAGCACGAACUGGACGAAGACGACAGUUUUGCUUGGAGCAGAACAAAAUGGCAGAACAUCCGAGUUGGAGAUGUGUUGAAACUGAAAAGAGACGAUCCUAUCCCUGCGGACAUCAUCCUGUUGAACAGCACAGGCGAGAACGGAGUGGCAUACAUUGAGACGAUGGCGCUGGACGGCGAGACGAAUCUUAAACCGAAACAAGCUCUCCCGAUAUUGUCAAACGUUUGCGGCACUGUCAGCGAGAUCAAGCGUGCAGACGUGGAGUUCGUGCUGGAAGACCCAAAUCCGAACUUGUACGACUUCAACGGGAAAGUCACGGUCCAAGGCAAGACUCUUCCAUUGACCAUGAACGAAGUCGUCUACCGCGGCAGCGUCCUCCGCAACACUACCCACGCCUACGGUUUGGUCAUCAACACUGGCGAAGAGUGCAAGAUUCGGAUGAACGCCAACCACCAUCCAACGGCCAAGAUCCCACGACUCGAGAAAUACGCCAAUCAAGUCGUGCUCUCCUUGAUCGUCUACGUCGUCUCACUCGCAGUCGGGUGUGCUGGCGGCUACCUCCUCUGGCACGAACGAUACGAGAAGGAGGCGUGGUACUUGAAAGAUGCGGCUCCGGAGUUCAAGCAGAUCAUUGUCGGAUUCCUGAUCAUGUACAACAACAUCAUUCCGCUGGCGUUGUACAUCAGUUUGGAGAUUGUCAAGAUUGGACAGAUGUUGAUGGUGCACGGCGAUGUCAAGAUGUACUGUGCCGAGAGCAAUACGCCGAUGACAUGCAAUACGAAUACUAUUCUGGAGAACCUUGGCCAGAUCAGCUAUGUCUUGUCUGACAAGACUGGAACAUUGACCGAGAAUGUGAUGCGCUUCCGAGGAAUUAGUCUGGGAGGAAUUGUCUGGAUGCAUGGGAACGACUCCCCGUUGCCAACACAGUCUCUGCCUCUCGACCGCGCACCAGACGUACGAGACAUUAUGGUCCCGGCGAAAGGAGGCAAGUCUAGUGCUGGACCAACCCCAGCGAUUGUCAUCGAAGAGCGCGAGAUCACCAGCUCUGGUCCAUCCUCCAGCGAGUCAUCCUCAGAAAUUCGCCAUUCCUCCGCAUACCGCCGAUCAGAAAGCCGUUCCCGCCCCCAAGCCGAGCGAACAACUCAAGAACUCCUCCACCUCAUCCACCACCAACCCACCUCCGCCCUCGCCCUCCAAGCCAAAGAAUUCCUCCUCAGCCUCGCAAUCUGCCACACCGCGCUUCCCGAAAUCAAACCCAACGGCAAAACCGACUUCCAAGCCUCCUCGCCCGACGAAAUCGCCCUCGUCCGCGCCGCUCAGGAUCUGGGAUAUCUCCUUACCAAUCGCUCCUCUCAGACGAUUAGCUUAAGAGUGAGGAGCGCGGAUGGGAAGGAGGUGGAGGAAGCGUAUGAGAUUUUGGAGGUGAUUGAGUUUACGUCGAAGAGGAAGCGGAUGAGUAUUGUGGUGAGGUGUCCGGAUGGGAGGGUUUGGUUGGUUUGUAAGGGGGCGGAUAGUGCGGUUAUUCCGAGAUUGAGGCAGAAGGGGAUGGCGGAGAGGGCGGAGGGGGAGGUGAGGAGGAGUGUUGACACAGCCCGCGAUGCCGCUCGUCGAAGCGAACAGAACGAGAGGAUUAGCUUCACUGGAGGUCGUCCAAGCCUCAACCUCAUGCGCGGCCGCGGCGGAAACUCAUUGGACAUCCGCUCCGCCUCUCUCGAUGCCCGACGAUCUAAAAGCUUACGCCGCUCCCUCCACCUCCACCGCCCCACCCUCGAGAUUCCUUCCACCUCCCGCCGCCCCAGCCCCAGCACCGACAUCCGCCGCUCCCUCCAACAAGACCUCCACACCUUCGAGUCCGUCUCCGACGAAGUCAUGUUCACCCGGUGUUUCGAGCACAUCGACGCUUUCGCGAGCGAGGGACUCCGAACCCUGCUAUUCGCGCACAAGUAUCUCGAGGAAGGGGAGUAUCUCGCGUGGAAGAAGGUUUAUGCGGAAGCGAGCACGAGUUUGGUGGGGAGGGAGGGGAAGGUGGAGGCUGUGGGGGAGAGGAUUGAGGGGGAUUUGGGGUUGUUGGGGGCGAGUGCUAUUGAGGAUAAAUUGCAGAGGGGGGUGCCGGAGACGGUGGAACGGUUGAGGCGCGCCAACAUCCGCAUCUGGAUGCUCACAGGCGACAAACGCGAGACCGCCAUCAAUAUCGCCCACUCCGCGCGAAUCUGUCAACCGACCUCCCACAUCUCCAUCCUCGACUCCACCAAACCCGACCUCUAUACCCAACUCCGCUCCAUCCCUCUCGAUCCAACCCUCCACCGCGUCGUCGUCAUCGACGGCCAGACCCUCUCCGCCAUCACCGAGGACCCCGGGAUGAAACACCAUUUCUUCACAACCACAAUCCCCACAACCGAAAGCGUUAUUGUGUGCCGAGCGUCUCCAGCGCAGAAGGCGUUUAUUGUUACUGCUAUUCGUGCACGACUGCCUGGACUGACCCUUGCGAUUGGAGAUGGCGCCAACGACAUCGCCAUGAUCCAAGCCGCCCACGUGGGCAUCGGCCUCUCCGGCAAAGAAGGCCUGCAAGCCGCCCGCGUCGCCGACUUCUCCAUCGCCCAAUUCCGCUUCCUCCAACGCCUGCUCCUCGUGCACGGUCGAUACCAAUACCUCCGCACCGCGAAAUUCAUCCUUAUGACCUUCUGGAAAGAAGUCUUCUUCUACAUGGGUCAACUCAUGUACUCGCGCUACGCAGGCUACACCGGCUCUUCUUUAUACGAAGCCUGGUCGCUUACAGUCCUCAACACGCUCUUCACAUCUCUCGCCGUCAUCGUACCGGGAAUCUUCGAGCAGGAUCUCAAACCCACCACCCUCCUCGCCGUUCCCGAACUAUACUCUUUCGGCCAACUCAACCGCGGCCUCAACCUACCCAUGUGUAGCAUGUGGAUGAUCCACGGCGUCGCGCAAGGGGCGGUGGUAUGGGUCGUCGCGUGGGCGUUCUGGGGCGUGUUGCCAUUCAUGUCCGAUCGGGGCACCUACGCUCUCGGACACCUCGUCUUCUCCCUCGGUAUCAUGUGGACGAACUAUAAAUGUCUGAUCCUUGAGACGCGAUACAAAACCCUCAUUGUCGGUAUCUCCUUCGCUAUUACCACAGGCGGGUGGUGGGCUUGGUCCGGCUUCCUAUCUGGGAUUUACAACAAUAACCUCUCCCCCUUCGACGUCAAAGGCGGUUUCCAACACGGCUUCGGCGCGGACUGGAAUUGGUGGGCUACUUUAGUACUCGCAUUUUCCCUCCUCGCUGUAGCGGAAGCAGGCUGGGCGGCUGCAUGCAAGACGCUCGCGACGUGGGGG